AUGCAGUACGCUGCAGAGUCCCUGUCUGCCAAAGCCUUCCUCGACUCCGUUGAUGCAUUGGUCUCCACGUUGCAGCCGCUGACUGCCGCCUUGCCGGAUGUUGAUAAAGAGGCCGUGGAGGGUCUUGUCAACAGCACAAGAGAUCUACAGAAGAUCUUCGCAGAGAUCGAGCUUGCCGUGCAAAGUGUUCAAAGCUUGUUCGAG